AUGAAUGAUGGUAGACAAAUGGGGGUGCAUUACAUGGAUGGUGGUGGUUUUCCUUAUGCUGUUAAUGAAAACUUUGUGGAUUUCUUUCAAGGAAUUAAUCAUGUUCCUGUCAAUUAUGCUUUUCCUGGCUCAAUGCCUGAUCAGGAUAAUGUCUACUGGUCAAUGAACAUGAGUCCCUAUAAGUUUGGAAUGUCUGGCCCCGGAAGUACAUCUUAUUAUAGUUCUUACGAGGUAAAUGAUCAUUUGCCAAGAAUGGAGAACAACAGGGUCGAGUGGGAAUACCCUUCUGAAGUGAUCUCUGAGGAACCGGCUUCAUCAGAUUCUCCGCCGAGAAGAGAUGGAGUUAGCAUGCAGACCAUCCCUGAAGAAUGUAGUCCCAAUCAUCAAGAGUCCAGUAGUAGUCAGGUCAUAUGGCAAGACAACAUUGAUCCUGACAAUAUGACUUAUGAGGAACUACUGGACCUGGGGGAAGCAGUUGGAACUCAAAGCCGAGGCCUUUCCCAAGAACUUAUUGAUACGCUUCCAACCUCGAAGUACAAAUUCGGUAGCUUAUUCAAAAGAAAAAAUUCUGGAAAAAGGUGUGUAAUUUGCCAGAUGACAUACAGAAGAGGUGACCAGCAAAUGAAAUUGCCAUGCAGUCAUGUUUAUCACGGCGAAUGCAUUACCAAAUGGCUUAGCAUUAACAAGAAAUGUCCUGUUUGCAACACCGAGGUUUUUGGCGAGGAAUCAACACAGUAG